GCAGGCUCUGACAGGUGGCUGGGAUCGAAAUGACGGGAUAGCAGCGCGCAUUUGAGGAAGUCGCAAGGAAGUGGGGGGUCGCCAAAGUUAAGCAGAAGAAAAUGAGUUCAUCAGGGAAGAGAAGAGGAAAACCCAACAGAGGAGGUGGAAGACAAGGGAAAGGGCAAGGAGGAGGAAGUGGUAGACCUUCAAGGAAGCAUCAAGCCAGUGGAAGCAAAAAAGGCUCAAACAAAUUAUUCAGUGAUGGUGACUUCUGCAUUUCUAGUGUAGCAAGAGAUGUUUGCAGUGCACCAAACUUUGUUAGCGAAAGAAAUGGACAGACCAGAUCUGGAGCCAAAGCAAAGAUGCCUCUUCAGACUUUGCAUAUGACUUCAGAGAAUCAGAAGAGAGUGAAAGAACUUCUUCAUGAGCUCCAAAGACAAGACCUUGCAGCUGGUUUGGAGGUACCUAUAUCAGGGAGAGAAGACAGUGAUGAAACAGAUUACUUUGAUGAGGAGGAAUUUUGUUCAGAAAAUGAAUCAGUUUCUAAAACUACCGCAAGCACUUCUUUUCAUCCAGCUGUGAACCACAUUUCAGAGACUGAAGUUUCUUCCUUUGCUGUGAACAAACUUUCCAGAUAUGGCUUUGAUGGUGAACGUUGUCAAGCAAUGCUGAAGUCCUGUAACGGUAACAUUGGGGUGUCACUGGAGCACUUGCUAUUGCAGUGCUUCUCAGAAAAAUUUGGGCAGAGGAUGCAGAUCACAGAAAGUGCUGCUCAGGCAAGCAUUGAAAACUGUUUGGAACAAAGACGGGAAGAGGCUUUUGCCCUCUGUUCCAUCUGUGGAGACAAAUUUGUGGAAAGAAUUCAAAACAGAGUUUGGACAGCUGCGUUAGACUUGGCGUACCUCACAGAUAUUCUCAGUGAGCAAAAGCAAAGGAACAACACCAACAAUGGGCUAAAACCAGCUUCUUUGGGAGUUUGUAAAUAUUACCUCCUAGGAGACUGCAGGUUUGGAUCAAAAUGCAAAUUUAAGCACGAACAUCCACACCAGCAACAAGGGCUUCCAAGCAUUAAAGAAGAUGCUCAUCUCAGAGUGGACACUCCUGUGUAUGAACUUGAAGUAAGAUUUCCUGAGGGUAACAAAUAUCCUUACCAGCCACCCCUUCUGGCAUUCUAUUCUACUAACGAGAAAUUGCCUCUGGCUUGUCGGUUGCACAUCGCUGAAUUCCUGUAUGAAAAGGCCUUAACGUCAUCUGAGUCUAAUGAACCUGUUGUUUAUGCUUUAAUAACAAGCUUGGAGGAUGAAGCCGAGGUAACAAAACUGCUUACUAAGACUUCUCACAAAUACAGUGUUCCUCAUCUGCCUUUGUUGACACCAUCCUUGGCAGGAACGCCAGCAGAUACUGAGAAGCAAGCACUUUCAAAUAGCACUUGUGUUGCCUAUCAGAAUUCUGAAGCAGCAAAAGAAUUGGUAGUGGAAGAAGAAGAGGAGGAUGGUGAAGAACUACAGACCGUUCACAUACAGAGUGAGAGUUAUGUGAACUUUAGAAAGAGCCUUCUGAGGAAGUACAGCACUGAAGCAAAAUCCAUUGUCAAAGAGAAUGUUAAAAUUUGCAAACAAUUCAGCUUAAAGAAGUCUUCUAGGCACUACCAGGCCAUGUUGCAAGAAAGGCAAAAACUUCCUGCAUGGAAAGAGAGGAAGACCAUUCUUGGCUUGCUGAACAAACACCAAGUCUUGGUUGUGAGCGGUAUGACUGGAUGUGGAAAGACCACUCAGAUUCCUCAGUUUAUCUUGGAUUCCUCAUUAGAAGGACCUCCCAGUAAGGUAGCAAACAUCAUCUGCACCCAGCCUCGGAGGAUCUCUGCCAUUUCUGUGGCUGAACGAGUAGCCAAGGAGCGAAUGGAAAGAGUUGGGGUCACAGUUGGAUAUCAGAUCCGCCUAGAAAGUGUCAAGUCUUCAGCUACCCGGCUGUUGUUCUGUACAACUGGAGUUCUUCUUAGAAGACUAGAAGGGGACUUGACCUUACAAGGACUCACCCAUGUUAUUGUUGAUGAAGUCCAUGAGAGGACAGAAGAAAGUGACUUCUUGUUGCUCAUUUUGAAAGAUAUGAUGGCUCAAAGGCCAGAUCUCCGUAUAAUCCUGAUGAGUGCAACUCUGAAUGCAGAACUCUUCUCUCAGUACUUUAACUCCUGUCCAGUUGUUAACAUACCAGGCAGGACAUUCCCUGUUGACCAGUUUUUUCUUGAAGAUGCGAUUGCAGAGACUCGGUAUGUCUUGGAACAUGGCAGUCCAUACAUGCGUAAUGCAAAAAAAACUGCAGACAAGAAUCCCAAAGCAAGGCACUUAAGGACUGCUGCGGAAGAGGUAGAAGAAGACCUGGAGCAUGCUGGCCUUCUGCAGAGCACAAGGAGCUGCAGGGUCAAGGAUUCAGUCCCAGAUCAGCAAUUACUGUAUCAUCAGCUAGUGAGACGCUAUACAGGUCUCAACAAUUCAGUAUUAAAAACAAUGGCAUCCAUGGAUUUGGACAAAGUGAAUCUUGAAUUAAUUGAGGCCUUAUUGGAGUGGAUUGUCUGUGGCAAACAUUCAUAUCCACCAGGCGCAGUGCUGAUAUUUUUGCCAGGCAUGGAAGAAAUUAAAACCCUUUACAAGCAAUUGCAGUCUAAUGCACUCUUCAAUAACCGGCACAGUAAGCGCUGUAUGGUUUACCCACUCCAUUCCACACUUUCCAGUGAAGAGCAACAGUGUGUGUUCCUGAAGCCUCCUGCAGGGGUAACCAAGAUCAUUAUAUCUACCAACAUUGCAGAAACGUCCAUUACCAUUGACGAUGUGGUCUAUGUGAUUGAUUCGGGGAAGAUGAAAGAAAAGAGAUUCGAUCCAAGCAAAGGCAUGGAAAGCCUGGAGGAUACAUUUGUGUCCAAAGCCAAUGCCUUGCAGAGGAAAGGGCGAGCAGGUCGUGUCGCUUCUGGAGUUUGCUUUCAUCUCUUUACCAGCCAUCAUUAUAAACACCACCUUUUAAAGCAGCCAGUACCUGAAAUCAAAAGAGUGCCAUUGGAACAGCUGUGUCUUCGAAUUAAGAUUUUGGAAAUGUUUUCCACGCAAAGCCUUCACUCUGUUUUAUUGCGAAUGAUUGAACCACCAACAUCUGAAUCUCUACAUGCCACAAAACUGCGGCUGCAGGAUGUCGGAGCCUUAACUUCAGAUGAACAACUCACUCCUUUGGGGUAUCAUUUGGCUUCCUUGCCUGUUGAUGUAAGGAUUGGGAAGCUAAUGCUGUUCGGCACCAUCUUCCGCUGCCUGGAUCCUGCGCUGACUAUAGCAGCAAGCCAGACCUAUAAAACCCCUUUUGUCUCUCCAUGGGACAAAAGAGAGGAGGCGUUUAAGAAAAAGCUGGAAUUUGCAAUAGGAAACAGUGAUUAUCUAGCUCUUCUCCAAGCAUAUAAGGGAUGGCGUCUAACUUUAAAGGAAAGUUUUCAAGCGAGUUACAACUUCUGCAGGCAGAAUUUUUUGUCAGAAAGUGUUCUUCAGGAAAUGGCAAGUUUAAAAAGGCAAUUCACCGAGCUACUGUCUGAUAUUGGAUUUGUGAAGGAGGGACUCAGAGCCAAAGAUAUUGAGAGGAACGGGUCUUGGGGAGGUGAUGGCGUUCUGGAUGCUACAGGAGUAGAGGCAAAUGCCAACUCGGAGAAUGUCAAAUUGAUAUCUGCUAUAUUAUGUGCUGCUCUGUAUCCCAAUGUAGUUCAGGUGAAAACUCCAGAUGGGAAGUAUCAGAAGACCAGUGCAGGAGCUGUUAAGAUGAAACCAAAACCUGGGGAGUUAAAAUUUGUUAUAAAAAAUGAGGGCUAUGUCCAUAUUCAUCCAUCUUCUGUAAACUAUCAGACCAGGCACUUUGAAAGUCCCUACUUGGUCUAUCAUGAGAAGAUAAAAACCAGCCGGGUAUUUAUUCGAGAUUGCAGCAUGGUGUCAGUCUACCCACUGAUCUUGUUUGGAGGAGGCCGUGUUAAUGUUUACCUCCAGAAGGGCGAGUUUGUGGUUUCCCUGGAUGAUGGAUGGAUUCGGUUUGUUGCAGCCUCGCACCAGGUAGCAGAACUAGUAAAAGAACUUCGCUGUGAGCUUGACCAGUUACUGCAAGAUAAAAUCAAAAACCCCAGCAUGGAUUUGCUCACCUGCCCCCGCGGAUCUCGAAUCAUUAGCAUGAUUGUAAAACUUGUGACAACACAAUAAUGUCAGCUACGGAGGAUUUGUUACAAAGACUUACAGGCAACCGUUGCUUGGAAGCAGAAUAAUAGGAACAUGGACAGAAGCACAACUGAUGGUUGUAUUGAUAUGGCACUGAUCACUAUAGGGCUGUGACAGGGAGCAUAAGGCGAAUCCAAAAGCUGCUUUCUCUGGAAUAGCCCUUAUGGAUUUACUGAAACUAAAGAAAGUAGUUGAUGGGUAGAAAUUGAAAAUCAUGUUUGCAUAUUUUAAUGAAAAGCGUUUCUUUUCUAGAAGUGCCCUUCCGUAUAAUAUUGAUUACAGUUUCUCAUCCUGACCAUGGAAACGUCUAAAACAAUGUAGAAAGAUUAAUGCUGAUGAUUCUUGUCAAUAUAGUUCUUUUUCUCAUCUAAUAAAGCAUGUUAAGCUUCUUCCUGUGAAGGAAACUGUUGCUGUAUUGGUUUAGCUUUGCUCUUACAGCUAAACCAGGAUCCAAGUGGCUUACCAUAACAGGUAUCUGCAUUUUUCUAAAUCCAAAAAUGGAUCUUGCUGUGCCAAAAAUUCUGUCAGUAAACUCCUCAGUAUGGGAAUAAGUGUAAACUGAUGCAACUCAUCAAAGACAAUGGUUCUUACUAAUUCUACAAGAGAGUAGAGUUUAAAGAGUUACAAUACUUUCCAUCAGUUUCAGUUGACUGUGAAAUGGUGGCAACUCCUUUUUUCUUUCAAGACUAGGUUGUACAGUUUACACUUAUCAGAGGAGGAGGAGAUGUUUUUAAAAUGCUCCUUUGUGUUUAAAAAAAACCCACCUCACUGCAAGUAAAAAAUCUAAUUCAACAGAAAACUUCUAGUAUUGUCCCCUCCCUCUUGCGGUAGUUUGCAUGGAUUCAAGGCUUAUUUCUGACAAUAUUCACCUUUGGGGAGAGGGGGAAUUGGUGGAAAUCGUUGCAACCUUAUCUACAAGUAUUGGCACCUUAAAAAAAAAAAGCACUGGACAUGUUUAGUGGAAGGUGUUACAAGACCACAACAUGCAAAGCAUCCUCUACAUGUGUAGAGUUUGUUACCCAGGACAAUUAUCUUGGACAGAACAGUCUAGUGUAUACCUGCUGCGUCACAAUCUGACUCAGCAUUCCAGUUAAGAAGGAAAAAGAGAGACUGAAUCUCAAUUAAGAACACCUUUAUUCUGCUAACAGGCUUGAGAAUACCCCUUUUAUAGGAUGUGAAGUAGCUAGACGUCAAUGGUUUCUGUUACUUGAGUUUGGGAUGUGCAGUGGGAUUGUAGAAAAAGGGGCGGGGAGAGUCUGAUUUCCCACUGGUGAAUUUGGAGUGAGUUCAGAUGCAAGAUCAUCUAGGGAAAGUGGAAGUCCUAAGAAUGGGCAUGUGAGGAGCAGUGCUGGGGCACAUCUUGAUUACAUAGGUGGAGUGAUUAAGUUACCCUCAAGUUGGCUGAUUCAGGCCUCUUGGACAAAGUGGUUUGAUGGCCUGCCUUGGGCCUGUGAUUGAAUUACUAGAGGUGGCUGUAUUGUGAAGGAGCCUCUGGGCCCUCAGGUUAUUGUCACAGAAUCACAGAGUUGGAAGGGGCCAUACAGACUUUCUAGUCCAACCCCUUGCCCAAUGCAGGAUGAGCCUAAAGCAUCUCUGACAAGUAUUCAUCCAGCCUUUUCUUGAAAACUGCCAGUGAAGGGGAGCUCACCACCUCCCUAGGCAGCUGAUUCCCACCUUUGAACUACUCUGUGAAAAAGUUUUUCCUAAUAUCCAGCUGGUACCUUUCUGCAUGUAAUUUAAGCCCGUUGCUUUGGUUCCUAUCCUCUGCUGCCAACUGGAACAGCUCUUUGCCCUCCUCCAAAUGACAGCCUUUUAAAUAUUUAAAUAAGAGCAAUCAUGUCCCGCUUCAAUCUCCUCCAAACUAAACAUUCCCAAAGCUCAGCCUUUCCUCGUAGGGCUGAGUCUCCAGACCCCUGAUCGUUCUCGUCACUCUCUUCUACACCUUAAUUUUGUCCACAUUUUCUGCACCCUCUCAAUCCUGCAAACUUGAGCCAGUUACUCAUGACCUGGGAUGUGAAGGAGCUCUGGAGGCUAAGGGCGUUCUUUGGAGCAUUCCAGCAGUCAGACCACUCUUAAACGGGACCAUCCAAAAGGAUUCCUGCAAGUUUCAGGGCCUCCUGACUUGAUACCAAUACUGGCAGUCAAGUCAGAGGAUCUUUUGGGGGUGAUCAAAUGCAGGCGUCCUUGGGCAGGGUCAGCCUCAUAGGUAAUAGUGGAGAACUGGGGAAAGGGCAUUCUCCACCUGUUGUGUUACAUGGUACAGAGCACUCUUCUGUUUCAUUCUGUGGCAUGUGUAGACCUAGCCAGCCUGAGAUUUGAUAGAGAACCAAAGCAAAUAUAGUCAUGAGCGUACUACUGGCUUGUCUUGAGCCCACAAUAGGGGUCUUAUUUUGGUACAGUUGGUUACGCUUUGUGGCCUUAGGUAGCCUGGCAGCUUUUUAUAUAACAGGCACAGCACAAUUACAUUAAUGGGGGACCCUCUGAAUUCAAUAAUAUAAAUUUGUACCUCAUAAUCCCACGUAACAAACAUUUGUCUUGGGGAGGAAAAUAUCUAAAUGAGGAUAGCUCCAGUAAUAAAAUUUAUCAGUGUAUUUUUGGACAAUUUACUGUGAUUUUGCAUUACUUUGUCCAGUUUGGUGUAGUGGUUAAGAGCACGGGACUCUAAUCUGGAGAGCCGGGUUUGAUUCCCCACUCCUCCACAAAGCCAGCUGGGUGACCUUGGGCGAGUCACAGUUCUCUUGAGCUCUCUUAGCCCCACCCACCUCACAGGGUGAUUGUUGUGGGGUAAUAAUAACACUUUGUAAACCGCUCUGAGUGGGCAUUAAGUUGUCCUGAAGGGCGGUAUAUAAAUCGAAUGUUGUUGUUGUUUGUUGGUUGAAAAAAACAAUGAACUCUUCAAAUAAAUAGUGAUUGCUAAACUA